AUGCACAAGAUCUCCAACUUCACCGGCCAGGCUCGCCAUGGCUGGGAACGCAUGACGCCCACUUUCGGCAUGUCCAGGCCUCAGCAGGAUGCUCCCAACACGCAGUAUCGUCGUCCCCAAGGCCCCGGCCAGCCGCCUCCACAGCAGCCGCAUCACCAACAGCAUCCCUCCCACCACCAGCAGCCACAGCACCAGCAGCACCAGCACCAGCAUCAACAUCAACAUCAACAUCAACCCUCGCAAUCGGCCUCCCCAGACCCGACUAGUGGUGCCAGUACCCCCGCCGGAACGGUUCUGUCUGCGGCUUCCGUAGAGCAGCCGAUGAUUAACAUCUCCUUCAACAUCCCCUUCUCGUCGAAUCUGCCUGGACCAGAUCCGGCUGAUAUCCUGCACUCGUCUCCGAACGCCUUCCAGCGAUGGACCUUUCCCGAAGGGACGCCGGAGGGGACCCCCAUCCACCGUCUGCCCGUGCACACGCAGCAUGUCGACUCGCUGCGUAAGUUGUGUCGUCAGAUGAGUGAAAGCAGCGGAGGCCUUAUCGAGGCCACCGUCACCUCCUCCGAGCUCAAGAUGGCCUCCUCCAUGCAGAGACGCCAUCACGGACUCGUCACCAACGUCUGUAUCUCGGGAGAAGCUGACCUCCGGAGCUUAACCAUCGAUGUCGAUGUCGAUGUUGUCCUGCACAAGGAGACGGAUUCCAUCCGGAAGAUUGUCCUUGAACAUAUCGACAUCCUGGCAAGCUACACUGGAGCAGAUAUCUUCCUCCUCAGCCCCAAGAUUGUCGACGCAGAUAGUGCUCUCAGCUCGUCUUACGGCUACUCUGCCGAGAACGGACUGGAUCGCCGGUUUAGAAUCGCCAUCUAUAGCGAUGCUGAGAGCGCAGAACACGCCAAGUCGCGAGUUCUGAUCAUGAUCGAUCAGAUACUUAAACGCCGUGUUGAUGCGGUGAAACUCGAAUUGAGUACUCAUUUCCUCGUCUGUGGCCGCACUCGCAAGAACAUCAAGAUGAUUGAAGCUGCCACAAACACGGCCAUAUAUUUCCCCCCUCCGUUUCCCCGCGUGUACGGCUACAUGCCUCCAGGAGCCACCAGACGCUGUGAAGAUGAAGUGUACAUCACCGGUAUGAAUCAAGACGAUAUUAACCUUGUCAAGCAGAAACUGCGUGACCUGGUCGCCGGUCUCAAAGUCUAUGUCAAAGAGGCCAUCAUCCACCCAGAAAAGAUCGAUAGCAUCAUCCUGGAGCGUCUAGAUAAGGUCCAGAAGGUUAUGGAGGCCAAUGGCUGCUUUGUUCUGCUUCCUCAGCUAGGAAGUGGCAUUAGUGCCAUUCGUGUUCAAGGGACGGACGUCCUGCAUGUCGAGCGCACCAUUCGUGAGCUCAUGAAUGUCGCUGGUCAAUUCUACGGUGCUACCUGGUGGCUCAUGGCAGACAACCCUCAGAUGCGGGCUCCAUCCCCUGCAGACGUCAGAACUAUGCUUUCUGACAUCUGUGCCAACUCUGGAGCUGAUGUCACUUUCGACAAGCUCACUUUCCACAUUCACGGCUCUGACGACUCUGUAAAGGCUGCCAUGAUGGUCAUCCAUCAGAUUCCUUUCGUCAAACGCUCCCCGCAUCAGAUGAAAGUGAAGAUCGAGCUCGCCAACGAACAUAAGGAAUUCGUCAGUGGGAAGAAGAAUGGCAAGAUCAACAAGAUCAUGAGCCAAAGAAAUGUGCAAAUCAUCUUUGACGGCUUCAAUGAAUACAACUUCUACAUAGAUGUUUGUGCCAACGACUAUGAAGCCGUCAAGCAGGGUCUCCACCUAGUUGAGCAGGAAAUGCCAGCAUCCAUCUCUUUCCAUGUUCCAGAUCAAUACCACAAGCGUAUUAUUGGUAUCGGUGGCCAGCAUAUCCAGCGCGUUAUGAAGAAGUACUCCGUCUUCGUCAAGUUCUCCAACGCGAUGGACAGAGGUGGCGCUGGUAAAGAUGAUGACGAUAUCCGAGUCGAGAACGUCAUCUGCCGUACCCCGGCAAGGAAUGCACAGAAUCUCGAACUAGUCAAACAGGAGAUUAUGGACAUGGUUGAGAAAGUCGAUGCGGAGUUCGUCUCGGAGACCGUCGUCGUCAACCGUCUUUACCAUCGAGAAUUGAUUGCCAGAAUGAAGGAGAUUGAUGAACUGGAGAAGAAGUGGAACUGCAAGAUCGACUUUCCAAGCACAGAAACGGCCAGUGAUUUUGUCACCAUUUCUGGCCCUGAGUACCAGGUUCCCCAGGCAGUUGAUGCAUUUUUGGGAAUGGUUCCGGAAAGCCACUCAAUGGUAUUCGGUGUCUCAGAGGAACUUCGCGCAUUCUUCCUUACGCCCGAGUUCUCUGACGUAAUAUGCCGAAACCUCCGUGAACAAUAUGAAAUCGAACUCUCGCUGGGUACGGCAACUCGCCAAGCUAUUAUCGACCCAGAGAAUGCCGAGCCCGUUUCUGAAGAUACCCUUGAUAUGAGCUUCACCCGUAACAAUGCCGGUGGCAUAAAAGACGCUGUCGACUUCCUUAUUUCUCGCCUCGUCCCGUAUGGACUGGACGCUACCACUGUCAAGGGCAGCAUUCCCCGGCCUAAGUCCGAUUCUUUUGAGGAAUCCCUCCCGUUCUUUGAUUCCAAACUCCUCCAACAUGCUCCUGCCCCGCUUGUCGCCGACUCACCUAUCCGCGCCAACUUUGCCACUGACGACUCUGCGGACCGCGGCUCCAUCUUCGGGCGUCUUCGGAAACCUGGCUCCAUUGCAUCCUUCUCGUCGUUCAUCGGCCGGAAGAACCAAUCAUCUUCGCCUGGUUCUCUGUUCAAACACGCUUCUAGCAACGCCUCUAAAGCGUCACUUGUCUCAAUGGAAUCUCGAGACAGUGGCUACCGCAAUCCUUGGAAUGAUUCAGGUGUGAAUUUGGCAAAGGAAGACUUGUUGACUCCUUCAGGCAGUAAUGGCUGGCCCAGUCGAUUCGAUAAUAAGUUUCCCUUUGGCACAGGUGGCACUGGAUCUGUAUCUGGAGGCGACAUGACACCCAAACAUGACCUACGAGCUUCCUUCGACAGUGGACGACCAAGCACCUCCAACUCAUACUCCGCCCCCAUCGGUCCCCCUCGCUAA